CGCCUGGGAUGCUCACAGCAAGCAUGGCGACCAUUCGAGUGGGCGAGUCGCGGGCGACCGAGGCCACCAGCGCAGUAGCGCGGCCGGCCGAUGCCGACGCUGCCGCAAACGUGUUUGCAUCGGUCAAGUGCGUGGCCUUUGACGUCGACUCGACAGUCUCCACCGAGGAGGGUAUCGAUGUGCUGGCUGCGGCGCUCGGCAAGGGCGAUGAGGUGGCCGCUUGGACGAACAAGGCCAUGGGCGGCGACGUCACUUUCCAAGAGGCCAUCAAGGCGCGACUGGACAUCCUCAAGCCGACCAAGGGCGCCAUCGACAACCUGGUUAAGACAUCGCCCAUUCCAAUCACUCCCGAGAUGCCCGAGCUUAUUGCUGCGCUCCAGGCUCGCGGCACAGCGGUGGUCUUUGUCUCGGGCGGUCUGCUCCCGCUCGUCCGCCCGGUCGCCGACGCGCUCAACGUCGACGAUGUCUUUGCUAUCGAUCUGUACUUUGACGACCUCGGCGGCUUCCUCGACUUUGACCGUCGCGCGCCGACGGCUCGGACCAACGGCAAGGCGGACGUCCUCCACGCCCUUCGCUCCAUCCACGGUUCGGUCGCCAUGGUCGGCGACGGGGUGACUGAUCUCGAGGCCGCGUGCGAGGCCGAUGUCAUGGUUGGCUUUGGCGCCAACGUCGUCCGCGAGCCGGUCAAGUCUGGCUGCGACUGGUGGGUGACUUCGGCCCGCGAGCUCAUCGACGCUCUGAGCAAGAGCGAGUAA